GCGAAAGCGAUUGCCUUCAAACUUUCGAAAUUUCCCCGGAGGAUCUCUACUUGAUUCAUAUGGCUUCUUUAGCUGAAAUACACGACAUAUUACAGAAUAUAUGUAGACAGGACGAGGUGGUAGAUAUUCUGAUAUGGGCAAACCCUGUCUGGUCGGCAUAUCACUGUCAUGAAAUGGACUCUCCACUUCUACUUAAAACUAUUUUAUGCUUUGAGGAUAUUCCUUGGGGCCCUAAUUGUUUUGCGUUUGAUACAAAGAAGCUAUUCAGAUGGCAGUACAAAGAAGGAGAAGGCAUUGUGGGCAAAGCACUUAAAUAUAAUCGACCUUUAUAUGCUCCUUUCAUUGAGUUGAAAGAAAAUGUUUGCCCAUAUAUUAAGAACUAUUGGCAAAAAGGUUGUUCUUUUGGUGCCCUUGCAGUUAAGCUUAGCAGUGCCUACGCCAACUGUGGUGAUUAUGUAGUCGAGUUUUGGUUCCAAAGUAGAAAUAUGAAACUUGAGGCACAAAAACCAUUGGUACACCAUAUCAUAGAUUACUUGAAAGAUGUAACACCACGUUUUGUCACCUAUGGUAAUCAGGACCCUCUAGUUGAGCUACCUGAACAUGACACUGCAGUUUCAGAUACCAUGCUCAUGGCAAGCAAUCCACCAUCUCAAUCAACUAGUGAUUUUAAUUUAAAUCUGAUUAACCAGACAGUUGGAAAUGCUAUGGAUGGGCAAUUGCCUAUGCAACAGUUUUCUUUUGUUGAUCAGCUACAUUAUACUGGAGUUUUAGAUGCCAUGCCCACACAAGGCAAUCUACAAGCUCAAUCAACUGAUGCUUUUGGUUUUAAAGGGAAAACCAUUGUAGUUAACCCAAGGGAUGGGAAUGUUUUGCAAUGGCCUCAUGAACAGGGUCCUCCUAUUCAGCUACAUGUAAGUGCAACUUCAAAUACCAAGGCCUCCAGAGAGAAUGUAGUGGCUCCACCAUUUGGUGAUUUCAAUUUGAAUAAAAGAAUAUCCUCUAGUGGGAUUAAUCAUACAGCUGAAUAUCAUGUCACAGAUGUGCAAGUGCCUCAUAAACAGGUACUUGUUACUAUAAAUUAAUCAUAUUGAAACCUUAAUGCCUCAUGAACUGAUAUAGGUGCAUUGCCUUUUACUAGAAUCAUUAUGAAAUUGUGAUGAAAAGUGUCACAGCUCCUCGUAUAUAUUCUUUUUCCCCUUUUACCUUUAUAUACAAUCAUGAUUAUGGGUUUUUAAAUAUAUGUCUAUAUUCUAU